AAAUAAUCCAACCUUUGGAUUAUUAUUUAAUAAUCCAACCUUUUACUUUUUUUAAUUUUUAGUGCACCUAACAGGUAAAUUACCUAGAGAAGCAGGUAACCAACCCACGUGGCAUAUUACCGUUACGUUCAUGAAUCCAACCUUAUUUAACUCUCUCUCCCCUGAAUCUUCUUCUUCCUCUAAUUUCUCCAUUUCCCCACCCCUUGUAAAAGCUUCUCCUCUAAUUUUUCUUUUUUUCUCCUUCUUAAUCCACCAUAUUGCGAAAUUGAAGGGAGGAAUAUGCGUAGGCCAACAGCUGGUUCUGGGUGUUCCUCACAUUCCAGGGGUGCAAGAGUGAAGUGUAGAUGUGGAAGAGAUGUUGUAGUGCGUACUGUUAAGAAUGGAACUAACAUUGGAAUGAAGUUUUAUGGUUGCCCUUUAUGGCCUGACACUAAGUGCGAUUUUAUGAAGUGGAUAAUUGACAACAAUGAAGAUGAUGACAUGCGUUAUCAAUUACUUCAGAAGGAGAACACCAUAAGUGAACUUGAGCAUGAGAAGAAGUUGUUGGAACAGAAAAUCAAGAAACUGAAGUUGCAAAGGGAGAUGAAAAGUGAUCUUUGUGAAAUGCGUAUGGAGUUGAUGAAGAGUUCAAGGAAGGAGAAAAAUCUGACAUUUAUGUUGGUUUUAUCUUGGCUUGUAUUUGCAAUUGUUGUAGUCUAUAAUAAGUAGACAAUGAAAGCACUUUAAAUUAGGUUGUAAGUAAUGCA